AUGAUCUUCACAGCAGAGCAGGUGGCUUGUGUGUGCGAGGUCCUUCUGCAGAGCGGUUGCAUGGAUCGUCUUGCUGGCUUCCUCCGCACUCUUCUUCCCCCUCUUUCCCUCGCCUCCUCCUCCUUCUCAUCUCCUCGCCCUGGGGAGCUCGAGAGUGUGCUGAAAGCUAAAGCCGCAGUGGCCUUUCACCAAGGUCGCUUCAGUGACCUCUACACCCUGCUGGAAGGCUUCCCCUUCUCCCCACAAAGCCAUCCGCUCCUGCAGCAGCUCUGGCUCAGAGCCCACUACACGGAGACCGAGAAGCAGAGAGGCCGACCCCUGGGAGCUGUGGGGAAGUAUCGCAUCAGGAGGAAGUUUCCUCUACCACACACCAUCUGGGACGGAGAGGAGACCAGCUACUGCUUCAAGGAGAAAUCACGGAGUAUACUUCGCGAUUGGUACCGCCAUAAACCCUAUCCCUCCACCCGGGAGAAGCGGGAGCUGGCGGCAGUCACCAGCCUGACAACCACACAGGUCAGCAACUGGUUCAAGAACCGCAGGCAGAGGGACCGGAACACGGACGUUAACGGUUUCCAAAUAUCUUGCUCUGGAGGAACCUCAGGAGAAGUCUUCGCUUCCUCUGACAACGACUUUUCACCUCCAGGAAGCCCACAUCCCCUACACCACCGCCCUUCACCUCCACCCCUCUCUCACCCACCACCUCCUCUACGUCACAUGUGUGGAGGUCUCCACUGAGUCUGCCCUCAAAUGUUUAAUUUGUGGCUUUUAUUACUUGGUUGUUUCUGUUUGAUUAGUUUCUUUUAACUUUUUGUAUAGUGUCCGUAAAACAUAUACUU